AUGGCUUGCAGGGACAUGAAGAGGACUGAGGAAGCGGCACAGGAGAUAAGACUGGAGACAGGUCCAGAUUCGGGAGAACUCCUAAUCAAACACCUGGACCUCGCAUCACUGAAAUCCGUGCACAGUUUCUGCGAAGACAUCAUCAAGGUAAUCUGUCAAUUCAGGCUGUGAGAUGAGAUCUGAAUCUGGUCAAGCUAGCUAGCUAGCUAGCUAGCUAACUGUUUUUAGCAUAGCAUACGUAGCUACUAACUUAGCUAGCUAGCCAUGUUUCGUACUUCAUAUUUAGUUAGCUUACAUAGCACUGUAGCUAACUAGCUACAGUGGGGGAAAAAAGUAUUUAGUCAGCCACCAAUUGUGCAAGUUCUCCCACUUAAAAAGAUGAGAGGCCUGUAAUUUUCAUCAUGUCAAUUUUCAUCAUGUCAACUAUGACAGACACAUUGUAGGAUUUUUAAUGAAUUAUUUGCAAAUUAUGGUGGAAAAUAAGUAUUUGGUCACCUACAAACAAGCAAGAUUUCUGGCUCUCACAGACCUGUAACUUCUUCUUUAAGAGGCUCCUCUGUCCUCCACUCGUUACCUGUAUUAAUGGCACCUGUUUGAACUUGUUAUCAGUAUAAAAGACACCUGUCCACAACCUCAAACAGUCACACUCCAAACUCCACUAUGGCCAAGACCAAAGAGCUGUCAAAGGACACAAGAAACAAAAUUGUAGACCUGCACCAGGCUGGGAAGACUGAAUCUGCAAUAGGUAAGCAGCUUGGUUUGAAGAAAUCAACUGUGGGAGCAAUUAUUAGGAAAUGGAAGACAUACAAGACCACUGAUAAUCUCCCUCGAUCUGGGGCUCCACGCAAGAUCUCACCCCGUGGGGUCAAAAUGAUCACAAGAACGGUGAGCAAAAAUCCCAGAACCACACGGGGGGACCUAGUGAAUGACCUGCAGAGAGCUGGGACCAAAGUAACAAAGCCUACCAUCAGUAACACACUACGCCGCCAGGGACUCAAAUCCUGCAGUGCCAGACGUGUCCCCCUGCUUAAGCCAGUACAUGUCCAGGCCCGUCUGAAGUUUGCUAGAGUGCAUUUGGAUGAUCCAGAAGAGGAUUGGGAGAAUGUCAUAUGGUCAGAUGAAACCAAAAUAUAACUUUUUGGUAAAAACUCAACUCGUCGUGUUUGGAGGACAAAGAAUGCUGAGUUGCAUCCAAAGAACACCAUACCUACUGUGAAGCAUGGGGGUGGAAACAUCAUGCUUUGGGGCUGUUUUUCUGCAAAGGGACCAGGACGACUGAUCCGUGUAAAGGAAAUAAUGAAUGGGGCCAUGUAUCGUGAGAUUUUGAGUGAAAACCUCCUUCCAUCAGCAAGGGCAUUGAAGAUGAAACGUGGCUGGGUCUUUCAGCAUGACAAUGAUCCCAAACACACCGCCCGGGCAACGAAGGAGUGGCUUCGUAAGAAGCAUUUCAAGGUCCUGGAGUGGCCUAGCCAGUCUCCAGAUCUCAACCCCAUAGAAAAUAUUUGGAGGGAGUUGAAAGUCUGUGUUGCCCAGCGACAGCCCCAAAACAUCACUGCUCUAGAGGAGAUCUGCAUGGAGGAAUGGGCCAAAAUACCAGCAACAGUGUGUGAAAACCUUGUGAAGACUUACAGAAAACGUUUGACCUGUGUCAUUGCCAACAAAGGGUAUAUAACAACGUUUUGUUAUUGACCAAAUAAUUAUUUUCCACCAUAAUUUGCCAAUAAAUUCAUUAAAAAUCCUACAAUGUGAUUUUCUGGAUUUUCUUUUUCUCAUUUUGUCUAUCAUAGUUGACGUGUACCUAUGAUGAAAAUUACAGGCCUCUCUCAUCUUUUUAAGUGGGAGAACUUGCACAAUUGGUGGCUGACUAAAUACUUUUUUCCCCCACUGUAUAUGGCUCUGCUUUUCUUGAACAAACUAUUUCUCUCAUUGAUUGAGACAGGUGGGUGUCAUCAUGACAUUUCUAUGGGCUAUAGUAGUAAAGGCCAAAUUUCUAUAUUUUAUCAAAUAUUUUUAUUUUUUUAUACCUAAAGGGGCCUAAAAUUCAAAAUAAAAUAGCAAACGAUCCAUGGUAUGACCAUCUUAAAACAAUUCCAUAUGUUAGCUUAGGCGAACAAAUUAUGUGCUACUCUUAAUGUUACCUACCUAAUAAUUCCUAUCAGCCAGCUUGAACCGUAAUAAUGGUCUGACUAGGUGACAUUUUGAAUAGUUUUGAUGAUAAAUAUAAAUAUACAUUAUUUAAUAGAAAUGGAUGAUAAAAAGACUGUGGGGGCUGUUUUGUUAGACUUCAGUGUGGCUUUUGACAUUAUCGAUCAUAGUCUGCCGCUGGAAAAACAUCUGUGUUAUGGCUUUAUACCCGCUGCUAUUCACCUUAUUUUCAAAGGAAAUAUGGGCGGGGUCUGUUUAGGUGUUUUUGUGGGGGACUUCCGGUUAAGCACUUCUAGCCAAUAGUUCGCAGCUAGCUAACUAACUCGGUAUCGCUUCUCACAACUUUCCAAACAUGGAUUGACGCACAACAGGUUUUUUUUUAUGUUCGGUAAGGGGAUACCAGAAUAACUGGCAGAAACUGAAGCUGUGGAACAGGAGUGUUUUGACCACCAAACUUUUUUUGAGGAGCGAGUGCAGUUGUGAGGCGCCUUUUGAUUUGCACCCACCUCCUAAGGACGAGGAGUCUCUUCGGGCUUUGGCUCAAAGCAUUUAAACUUGAAGAAACCACCAAACCGACCCUAUGUGUGUUCCUAUCACUUGGUGGACAAAAGGCAGACUGAAGCGCAUCCCUGAGAAGUGGCUGGGCUAUGAUUCUCCAGUACAGACCAGAAGGCGACAUCUCAUCAGAUCAGGACAUCAACACAUACAGGUAGCUGUUAGCUAGCUGCUACUCGCUGGCUAUCGUCACAGAUGGGUGUCCUGAAUCAGGCAGAAGUUAGCUAGCUUAGCUAAUUGUGUUACUAGUUGGUAGCCACUCCUAAGUCCUAACAUACUGUAGCUAGCUAACUGUUGCCUAGCUUAUUCACUUAGCUGGCUAGCUUGAGGGCAGCCCAUCUGAUAGUGUUGCCAGCUAACUAGCCUAGCUAGGUAGUCCCUACAUUGUUAGCUAUCCAACAACUUCUGUCUGACAAUGUCUCCCCCAUGCCAUGAUGAUCCCCAUCAUUGCUGGCAUGCCACUGGUGAUGCUCAUGAAAAGUGUUUUUAUUUUUUAUUUCCUAACCAUGACCAGUAGGCUGUCUGUGUAUUUUAUUGUGUUAAACUUGUGGUCUCUCUUAUGUUUGUUUGACAGAUGAAGACAACUGUGGUGAUGCAGAGUCUGAUCCGAGUGCCGGUGCCAAUGCCACCGCAGCAUAAAGAUGCUGAUACUCAAUGGGAGGUUCCAGCACUGAUUGAUCACAGCUACGUGUCAGGAGAACCCGUCAACAAGCCCACUCGUAUCAUCGACUGCCCUGAAACCACUCUUCAGAAAGCCCACAAUCUGAAACCACUCUUCAGAAAGCCCACAAUCUGAAACCACUCUUCAGAAAGCCCACAAUCUGAAACCACUCUUCAGAAAGCCCACAAUCUGAAACCACUCUUCAGAAAGCCCACAAUCUGAAACCACUCUUCAGAAAGCCCACAAUCUGAAACCACUCUUCAGAAAGCCCACAAUCUCGAUUCCAGAGGGGAGUCAUACAGCCACUAUUAUUCCAGCAAUACUCUCAAGUAUUUGGUUUCCAUUGCUCCAUGUGGACUCGUUAUGUUCAGUUCUCCUGCAGAUGCAGUGACAAGUUCAUCACCCAAAACUCUGGUUUCCUGGAAUACCUUAGGCCUGGCGAUGAAGUUAUGACAGACGGGGGCUUCACCCUCGGAGAUCUGCUGUAUGAGAGGAAGGUAAUCCUUGCCAUACCAGCCUUCACUCAGAAAGGAGACCAGCUGUCUGACGAGGAAGUCACAAGCACGAGUAGGAUGGCUAAUGUACGUAUACAUGUUGAGAGAGUUAUCAGACGACUCAAGGUGUUCAAAAUCCUCUCCCAGACUGUUCCCAUCAACCUGACGCACAAAAUGGACAAAGUCCUUAGAAUAUGUGAAGCACUUGUUAACAUGCAGGGUGAGAUCAUCCAUGAGGAUGCCGAGUGAGCUGUGAGAAUGUUCAUACAUGUGAAAUGUAACUUUAUACACUAUAAUUUCAUCCACAUGAGAUACUGUGUGUAUAUAUAUCGUUUCCUAUUUAAUCAGAAUCAUUUUAAUGUUCCUACAUUAGAAAUGUACUGUAACUUCGCCUGUUCCUGAUAAUUACAGGCAUCCAAUAGGUGAUGCUAUCAUGCCUCCUUCAAUCUAUUUAAAAUACAUUUUCUUCAACACCAAACUGUCUCUAACAGACCAAGAGGGAAGCCAACUGUUUAUGAAGUGUCGCACUGUUUUCUUAAUUAGUGCCCUUGAAAACCAAACCCAGAAUCAAACUGAAAACACAUUUGAAACCCUUAGACACGCCUCCUCUUCCUUCAUUUCAAAAUGUUAAGUGUCUAAGAAAAUGUCAACAAAGUUGAAUUUCAGUGUUUUUAUUAACACAAUAAUUUGCCAAGUGUAAGAUGAAUUACGGUAUGCUCAGAUAAGUUCAUAAAGUGCCAUAUGAAAAGAAACCUAUACAAGGUACAAUAAACAUAUUCAUAAAGCAUAAGGAGUUAUCCGUAGGCAUUAGAUAAACAUGUAAGAAGCGAUGUACAAGGCAAGAUAUAAAAUAUAAAAACACCAAGAAUUAUGCAAAUAUAAUCAGGUAAAUGUGCAUAUGAAGAGAACUGUGCAAGACAAAAAAAAACACCAAUCAAGAGUUAUGCUUAGAUAAUAAGGUAGCGCUGACAGAGAGCUUUACAAGGCACAAAACAUAGGAACUAUUUAAAAACACAGAGGUAUUAGGCCCCUAGAUACCACAUACAGUGGGGAAAAAAAGUAUUUAGUCAGCCACCAAUUGUGCAAGUUCUCCCACUUAAAAAGAUGAGAGAGGCCUGUAAUUUUCAUCAUAGGUACACAUCAACUAUGACAGACAAAUUGAGAAUUUUCUUCUCCAGAAAAUCACAUUGUAGGAUUUUUUAUUAAUUUAUUUGAAAAUUAUGGUGGAAAAUAAGUAUUUGGUCAAUAACAAAAGUUGCUCAAUACUUUGUUAUAUACCCUUUGUUGGAAAUGACACAGGUCAAACAUUUUCUGUAAGUCUUCACAAGGUUUUCACACACUGUUGCUGGUAUUUUGGCCCAUUCCUCCAUGCAGAUCUCCUCUAGAGCAGUGAUGCUUUGGGGCUGUCGCUGGGCAACACAGACUUUCAACUCCCUCCAAAGAUUUUCUAUGGGGUCGAGAUCUGGAGACUGGCUAGGCCACUCCAGGACCUUGAAAUGCUUCUUACGAAGCCACUCCUUCGUUGCCCGGGUGGUGUGUUUGGGAUCAUUGUCAUGCUGAAAGACCCAGCCACGUUUCAUCUUCAAUGCCCUUGCUGAUGGAAGGAGGUUUUCACUCAAAAUCUCACGAUACAUGGCCCCAUUCAUUCUUUCAGCAUGACAAUGAUCCCAAUGAUAUCAGUCGUCCUGGUCCCUUUGCAGAAAAACAGCCCCAAAGCAUGAUGUUUCCACCCCCAUGCUUCUUGUAUGUCUUCCAUUUCCUAACAAUUGCUCCCACAGUUGAUUUCUUCAAACCAAGCUGCUUACCUAUUGCAGAUUCAGUCUUCCCAGCCUGGUGCAGGUCUACAAUUUUGUUUCUGGUGUCCUUUGACAGCUCUUUGGUCUUGGCCAUAGUGGAGUUUGGAGUGUGACUGUUUGAGGUUGUGGACAGGUGUCUUUUAUACUGAUAACAAGUUCAAACAGGUGCCAUUAAUACAGGUAACGAGUGGAGGACAGAGGAGCCUCUUAAAGAAGAAGUUACAGGUCUGUGAGAGCCAGAAAUCUUGCUUGAUUGUAGGUGACCAAAUACUUAUUUUCCACCAUAAUUUGCAAAUAAAUUCAUUAAAAAUCCUACAAUGUGAUUUUCUGGAAAUCUUUUUCUCAAUUUGUCUGUCAUAGUUGACGUGUACCUAUGAUAAAUUACAGGCCUCUCUCAUCUUUUUAAGUGGGAGAACUUGCACAAUUGGUGGCUGACUAAAUACUUUUUUCCCCCCACUGUAGAUGAACAUAUUUGGAGCACAGAGUUAGUCUGCCUGACUGGAACUCAUCUACUAUCCUUGGCAGCAUAUGUGUGAAAUAGAAUACCUUCAGUUUAGGGAUGACAUCAGCACAGAACUUCACAUCAAAAGGCACAUCAGUAACAGCCUGCUUGGAUGGAGCCCAGACAAGCAGUUUGCAUCUCUCCAGUCCUGUGCAGAACAUGCCCAUUUGCACCUGCAUGUAGUACCUACGGUCUCCAUUAGGUGGAAGCUGAGGAACCCCAUCCACCAGCUUCACAUCGGUGAGUUUACCAGACGUUUGAAACGGAUCUCGCUCAACCUUUUUGGAGCUAAAUUCUGCUGCGUCCCCGAGUUCCACUGGCGUUGCUCAUCUGUACAGGACACCCCUGUCAAUCCUCCAUACACAGCAUUCUGCACCUUCAACGAAACACUACUGUUAGAAUAGUCAAUUACAGUACAGAACACUAGUUUAUAUGGUGUUCACAGCUGACUAGUGUACACAGUUUCCUUUUUAACUAGUAGGUUUAGGUUAUGUUGGUAAUUUCAUAUUUGAUUGUAAAACUCACCUUGAUUUUGUACCUACCUCAUUGCCAUUCGAGGUUAGACUGAUAUACUUACACAAUGAGUCAUUGAAACCAAAAACCGUGUGUGCAUGUUGUAAUAGUUAACGUUAUCAGUUCUGGUCAGUGAUAUGGUAUCAUCACAAUUAGCUAUCAAGCUAAGUAACUAGCUAACGUCAAACGUAUCAGUCAUAGAAAGGGUUACGAUAAACAAAAAAGCCAGCGAGCUAGCUACCUUCCAUAGUAUUGCAGCUGCAUGGCUGCAAGACUUCCCCUGCCCUGCAACACAAGAACUCCCUGCAGUCUCCACCGUGCCGACAGAUGAUACAAGAAUCCAGACAGAAUGAUGGUGUGUUUUUCUCUGACUGGGCUGGACAGCUGCUGAGGAACACCAGGUUGUCAUCCUCAAGACCGUGAAUAAGCACCCGCCAACUUUGCCGCUGUGGAGGUAUUAAUAUGCCUCUGUGCUUUUGUAGCUCCACAUCUCUGACCCACAGAGAGACAAGACAAAAUAAUUGAAGAUGUUAGGUGAUAUUUGGCAAUUUUUUCAUAUCGUCUUCCCACUCUUGAAUAAUCCGCGGAUGUGGCACAGACUUGCCCAUUCGACUUUGAAAGGUUUUUCUUGGUAUGAUCCCACAACAUUUUGAGCUAGCUAGCUAAUGUUCCCAAAACGGCAAGAACGCCACAACGGAAGUCCUCCACAAAACAGAACGUUCAGACAUUGUUUUGUUUCCAGGUUCUUAAAUAAGGUGAAUGUUGUGGAUAAAGAGUUACGUGUCUAACAGAACACAGAGGGUGUUCUUUAAUGGAAGCCUCUCCAACAUAAUACAUGUAGAAUCAGGAAUUCCCCAGGGCAGCUGUCUAGGCACCUAACUUUUUUCAAUCUUCACUUUGAGUAAAGCCAGUGUGUCUAUGUAUGCGGAUGACUCAGCACUAUACACGUCAGCUACUACAGCGACUGAAAUGACUGCAACACUUAACAAAGAGCUGCAGUUAGUUUCAGAAUGGGUGGCAAGGAAUAAGUUAGUCCUAAAUAUUUCAAAAACUAAAAGCAAUGUAUUUGGGACAAAUCAUUCACUAAACCCUAAACCUCAACUAAAUAUUGUAAUAAAUCAUGUGGAAAUUGAGCAAGUUGAGGUGACUAAACUGCUUCAUAAGAUGGCGCCGGAGAAGAUGGCUGCUGUUUUACAGCCCUCUAACCAAUUUUACUAUUAUGUGUGUUUUUCACGUUAUUUGUAAUUUACUCUGUACGUAAUGUUUCUGCCACCGUCUCUUAUGACCAACAAUAGCUUCUGGAUAUCAGGACAGCGAUUACUCACCUCAUAUUGGACGAAUAUUUUUCUUCAAGUUGGACACGAAGGAUAUUCUACAGACACCCAAAAAGGCCCACAUCCCCGUCAUUCGCAUGAGAAAGAGACAGAGAUAUCGUGGACGUAGGUCUGGGUGCCUUGUAAGGAUCAGACGGCGAGCGAGUAAACUACCUCUUCCAUCAAUCCUAUUAGCCAAUGUUCAAUCAUUUGAAAACUAAUUGACUAUUUGCACUGCCCCCCCCCACCCCACCCCCUCUUUUACGCUGCUGCUACUCUGUUUAUUAUCUAUGCAUAGUCACUUUAACUCUACCCACAUGUACAUAUUACCUCAAUUACCUCGACUAUCUGAUGCCUCCACACAUUGACUCUGUACCAGUACCCCCUGUAUAUAGCCUCUGUACUGUUAUUUUAUUUUACUGCUGCUCUUUAAUUAUUUGCUAUUGUUAUUUUUUACUUUAACACUUUUUAUUUUAUUUUCUUAAAACUGCGUUGUUGGUUAAGGGUUUGUAAGUAAGCAUUUCAUUGUAAGGUAUUCGUCGCAUGUGGCAAAUACAAUUUGAUUUGGAGUAUCCCAGGAUUGUAAACUGUCAUGGUCAAAACAUAUUGAUCCAAAAGUAGCUAAGAUGGGAAGAAGUCUGUCCAUAGAAAAUCGCUGAUGUGCCUUAACAGCAGGAUCAACAAGACAGGUCCUAAAGGCCCUAGUUUUGUCACAGCUGGACUACUGUUCAGUCGUGUGGUCAGGUGCCACAAAGAGGGACUUAGGAUAAUUGCAAUAGGCUCAGAACAGGGCAGCGCGGCUGGCCCUCGGAUGUACACAGAGAGCUAAUAUUAAUAAUAUGCAUGUCAAUCUCUCCUGGCUCAAAGUGGAGGAGAGAUUGACUUCAUCACUACUCGUAUUUGUGAGCGGUAUUGACAUGUUGAAUGCACCGAGCUGUCUGUUUGAACUACUGGCACACAGCUCAGACACCCAUGCAUACCCCACAAGACAUGCCACCAGAGGUCUCUUCACAGUCCGCAAGUCCAGAACAGACUAUGGGUGGCGCACAGUACUACAUAGAGCCAUGACUACAUGGAACUCUAUUCCACAUCAAGUAACUGAUGCAAGCAGUAAAAUUAGAUUUAAAAAAAAGAUAAAAAUACACCUAAUGGAACAGCAGGGACUGUGAAGAGACACAAUCACAGGCACAGACACAUGCAUACACACACACAAUAUCAUACGCACUAUACACACAUGUACACACAGAUUUUGUGUUUUGGAUAUGUGGUAGUAGAGUAGUGGUUGAGGGCACACACUUAAUGUGUGAAUGCAUUGCCUUGGCAGUAGCUAAUGGGGAUCCAUAAUCAAUACAAAUAGGUAUAGCUAAAUUGUUUGCCAGAAGAGGAAGGGGUAAAACAGUUUGCUAGCUAGCAAUACAUCUGUUGCAGAGAGCAGUAGAAGAAGGUGUCAUCACAGGUACCAUUUCACUGUACAAUAACAUUUGCAUCACUAGAGCUCUACUAUACAUGCUUAGAAAAAAAGGUGCUAUCUAGAACCUAAAAGUUUAUUUCUUCUGUCCCCAUAGGAGAACCCUUUGAAAAAAAAAAAAACGUUUUUGGUUCCAUGUAGAACCCAAAAGGCUUCUACCUGGAAACAAAAAGGGUUCUCCUAUGGGGACAGCCAAAGAAACCUUUUUGGAAGAGUUUGUCAAAUCUGGGGCUUAUUGCACAUGCACUAAUGUCAUAAAUAGCUACCUUACUUUAACUGUACCUAUAUAAUAAAGCAGUGGUUCCCAGCCGCUUUCGGUUACUGUACCACCAACUGAAUACCCCUUUGUGAAAUUUACCAGUAGGCCUAUGGUCUCAUGAGUCUUCUCAAGUACCCCCUGUGGAUAGGCCAGGUACCCCCAGGGUCCUAGUACCCCUUGUUGGGAACCACUAGUAAAGCAUACACACAUCUAUAAACAUGUGAUAAACAUGACAUUAUAGCAACACGGAGCAUUAUUAAAGCUUGUAACCAAUCUUAUUUUUCUGUUUCUGUUUUCCAACAGGAAGAGCCCAGGAUUGACGUGCUGAUCAACAAUGCAGGCAUCUACCAGUGCCCCUAUACCAAGACUGAGGACGGCUUCGAGAUGCAGUUCGGGGUGAACCACCUCGGCCACUUCUUCCUCACCCACCUCCUCCUGGACCUCCUGAAGCGCUCUGCCCCCAGCCGCGUGGUUGUGGUCUCGUCCAAACUCUACAAGUACGGCGAGAUCGACUUUGACGACCUGAACAGCGAACAGCGCUACGACAAAGCCUUCGCCUACGGCCGAAGCAAGCUAGCCAACCUCCUUUUCACCUGCGAGCUGGCCCGCCGCCUCGAGGGGACGGGGGUGGUGGUCAAUGCCUUGACCCCGGGGAUAGUGAGGACUAACCUGGGGAGGCAUGUCAAUAUCCCGCUGCUGGCCAAGCCCCUGUGGGAGCUGGCAUCCAGGGUCUUCUUCAAGAGCCCCGAGGAGGGGGCGCAGACCUCUGUCUACCUGGCCUGCUCGCCCGACGUGGAGGAGGUCCAGGGGAAGUGCUUUGCGGACUGCCAGGAGCAGAAACUUCUGCCCAAGGCUACGGACCAAGAGGUGGCCGGGAAACUUUGGGAUAUUAGUGAAAUCAUGGUGGGCGUAACCACGUGA